ACCGUGGGUUUAACGGCCUCUCUAUUGAAGGCGUUUGGCCUAAACUUUGAGCUCAAUCUAGUGAGUGAGUGGGCCUUUCAGAUCGACAAACUAUUUCACGGCCGGCCGUCGGGUAUAGACAACUCUAUUUGCACGUUCGGCGGCGCUCUCCUAUUCAGAAGCGGCCAAAUCGUCGAGAAGUUACCGAAAGUGCAAUCACUGCCAGUCAUUCUCGUCAACACAAAAGUGUCGCGAAAUACCAAAGCGUUGGUAGAGAUAGCGCGACGAAAGUACGACAGAUUCACGGCUAUUGUCGACAAUAUUUGGUCGGCAAUCGAUGGCAUAUCAAUGCACGCGUGGAAACUCAUUCAACAAAACACCGAUUUUCAGGACUUUUCGACACUAUUUGAGAUGAACCAGCAUUUACUAAACAGUUUAGGUGUCGGCCACCCGGCCAUCGAUAAGAUCGUUGAAUGCGCGCAAAAGUAUGGUUUGUCAGCGAAACUGACGGGCGCUGGCGGUGGCGGGUCUGUCAUUAUAUACAAUACACUCAAAGGUAAUGGCAUUUAA